AAAUUAAAUAAGAUGUAUUCUAAAGCAAUGCUACCCAAUAUUUCCUCAGUUCUUUCAAGUUCUUACACUGCAUGACUGGACUGUUUAGCUUUUGAAAGGUUGUGACAUUUGACCAAUGGCAACAGUUACACCACACGAUAGCCUGUCCUCACCAAAAGGCUGAAGUGAAGUAAAACAAAGACAGCCAUUACACUGCAUGACUGGACCACCGAGCAUUUGUUGGCGUGUCCCCAAAAUACAUAUUCCUUCCCUGACCACUGAUGGCCGAGAUAUAGAGUAUAAUACAAUUAUAUUUAAUUUUAUCUGAAUUUCCUAAAAUUUAUAUAAUUAACAAUGCUUUUUUUUCUUUUUCUUUUUUUACUUGGCUAUGUAAUUUUCAAGCUAAGUAAACCUCUGUUGUAAUGUUCUUGCUCAUGCAUUCUUCACACAGCUGAAGUGCAUCUCAUGAGGGCACAAUCCAUGCAAGACUUGUCCUGUAAAACGUAUCCAAUUGUGCUUGUUAUUAUACACUACAGAACAUUUUAUUAACAGUUCUUUAAUAGUUUAUAUAAACGGACCACUACCACAUUCCAACACACACUCAUGCAGACGCAUGCUGCGUAAAGGUGAUGAUGGACUUGCUUUUGGAAUACUUCCUGAAUUAAACUUGUUUGACUGGAAUAUCCAGGAAGUGUGCAACAGAGGUGAACCUUUAACAAUGGCAGAGAGACCACUUCUCACGGAGUUCCUUCGCUGUCAUGUUUGUUCUGAAAUUUUCAAAGACCCUGUGUCUCUUCACUGCAACCACAGCUUCUGUAAAAUGUGUAUUUAUCGGUUAUGGGAGAAGAAAAAUAUCAGAAACUGCCCCAUUUGUAACAGAAGAUCUUCUAUGACUCAGCCUGAUGUGAAUUUUAGCCUGAAAGUGCUCGCAGACUCGUAUGUACAGAGGAAGGAAUCGGAAGCAGGUGAAGAGAAGGAGGUAGACUUCAGUAAAGAGAGAGUUACUGAAGAGGAGAUAGUGAAAGUCUUUCGUAAAGAGGGAUCUGUUGGAGGAGUGGAGAGAGUGACGAUGUGCAACAAACACACGGAGAGGCCCAGGUGGUUCUGUGUGGACGAGAGGAUGGCUUUGUGUCCUCUCUGUGAAUCUGAACAUCACUCCACUCACAAAAUAAUCUCUCUGGAGGAGUCUGUGUCUGACCUGAAGGAAAAGCUUAAAAGAAGCCUCAAACCUGUGCAGGAUCAACUAGUAAAGUGCCAAAAAUUCAAAACCCAAUAUGAGAAAGUGGUACAAUGCACAAAGAAACAAGCAUUGGUAACCGAGAAGCAGAUUAAGGCAGAGUUUGAGAAGCUCCACCAGUUCCUGCGAGAGGAAGAGGAGGCCAGACUGGCAGCACUGAGGGAGGAAGAGAAGAAGAAGGGGGAGGCUAUCAUUGAAGAGCUCAAGAAGAUCCAGGAGCAGAUCUCGUGUCUCUCAGAUAGGAUCAGCACAGUGGAACAGGAACUGAAGGAACAGGAUGUGCCGUUCCUUAAGAAGUUCAGCCAGACCUCAGUGAGAGCCCAGUGCACACUGCAGGAUCCAGAGCUGCUCUCAGGGGCACUGAUAGAUGUGGCCAAACACCUGGGCAACCUGAAGUUCAGAGUCUGGGAGAAGAUGCUGGAGAUGGUGCAGUACACUCCUGUGACCUUGGACCCAAACUCUGCACAUCCCAGACUUUCUUUGUCUGAUGACCUAACCAAUGUGAGAUAUGCUGACAUUACACAGCCACUUCCUGACAACCCAGAGAGGUUUAAUUACUGUGUGAACGUGUUGGGCUCAGAGGGGUUUACCUCAGGGAAACACAGCUGGGAGGUGGACGUGAAGAACAAACCUCAGUGGACCAUAGGAGUGGCUAAAGAGUCUAUCGGCAGGAAGGGACAGGUCACAUGCAGCCCACUGAGGGGAUACUGGGUUCUGUUGCUGAGGGAUGGCGAUCAGUAUUACUCGGCUUCUGGAACACACCUCACCCUUGAGAGGAAACCCCAGAAGAUCAGAGUGGAGCUGGACUAUGACAAGGGAGAGGUGUCCUUCUUCGACCCCAGUGACAUGUCGCAUAUUUACACUUUUAUAGAUACUUUUACAGAGAGGGUCUUCCCAUAUAUAUCUCCCUGUGGAAAUGACGAUGGCAGUAACCCUGGAGCUCUGCAGAUAUGCCCAUUGAAGGUUUCUAUAACAGUGGUGCCACUACAAUGAUGCUGUUGUUCAGAGUGAUAUCAGAAAAAAAUAUUUACUGGGAUGACUGUCUAUUCUGUGUCCAGAUUUAAAUCGCUUUUGAAGACCAACCUUUCCAGGAUUGUUUUUAAAUUUUCUGUAAUGACAUGUACUAUCAUACUUGACUGUAGUUAUUCGUUUUGGUUUUCCUAUUUUGAAAAAUAACAGAAAUAAAUAAAAUCUCCUUGAUGCAAAGCACUCUGUGAACAGACUGUUGAAAGGUGCUAUAUAGGUCCAGUCAAUCUUUUAUUAUUAAAAUUAAUUAAUUGAGUGUGUAUAGCAAGACAAGUAAGAAGGGCAGUUAGGAGCUCCUGUAAGGUAAGAAACAACGAUUAACAUGACAGUUAAUUUGAACUUAAAACAGACAAGGCAAGGGAACUGACUACUGUUAACAGUUAAAGAAGGCUUAAAUCACGCAUCUUAACAAUUAGUGGUAUUAGUGCCAACAAGACAACAACAGCAAACAAUGUGAAUUACUUGGAACUGACAUGAAUUGCUAAUAUUUAGCCAGACAAAAAUGCAAAAAAAUGGCUUCCUAUUAAUUUCUGUUGUAUAACAUAACACAGAAGUUGAGCUGCAUUGUUUGCAUUGUCCUGCCCCAAUCCCCACAACACACACACAUAAAAUCUGUUGGAUAAUUCAAGAAUGUUUGUUUUGUUGUUUUUGCAAUGAACCCUUGAAUAUUUUAAUUUCAUUUUCAUCAUGAAUUCUAUUUCAGUGUGCUUUUUUUCAGUAUUCAGCUGAUAUGUAUGUGAAUGCUGGAUAACGUAGCACUUCUGUACACAUUGUAAGAAAGUUGUUAGCAAUGUCACGGGUCACAAAUCAGUGCCUUUGGUUUGUAGGUAGUGCCUUUGGGGCGACUUUGUAGGUAGUGCCACUGGGGCGACAUAGCUCAGGAGGUAAGACUGAUUGUCUGGCAGUCAGAGGGU